CUCUCUCACACACACAAAAUAAAAUCCCUAAAUCUCAUCUCAAUAUCUUCAAUCCCUAAAUCUCACCUCUCUCAAUAUCUUGUCUACGUACAACUGCUGUUUAAAUUAACCAGAAGUUUCUUUAUCCUUCAACAGUUAUGGCACCAAGUAAGCAAUGGAUGCAACUUGUUGAUAAUCGACUUAAUGAAGCCUACUUAAUCGGGGUACAAAAGUUUUUGGAUUAUGCUUUUCGAAGAACAGGAGAAUUGUAUGAAAUACGAUGUCCAUGUGUCAAGUGUUGUAACACAACAUUAGGAACGCGCGAGACUGUUGAGACACAUCUGAACGUAUAUGGAAUAAUUCAAAAUUAUACUUUUUGGUAUCACCAUGGGGAAGUUUUAGGUGAGCCGCUGUCGGAAUGCGAAGAUGAUAAUGAAGUAGAAGAAUGUGAGAGUGAGGACGAAAUACAAGAAAUUUUGAGAGAUUUAUAUCCUAAUCAUGAUGAACGCAUUGCAAACAGUGGCUGUGAUGAUUUACCUGAAGAGGAACCGAAUGUUGAAGCAAAAAAAUUUUAUAGUCUAUUGAGAGAUUUCGAGAAGCCACUAUACCAAAGUUCAAAAAUCUCAAAGCUUUCAACUUUGAUUAAAUUGCUUCACAUAAAAAGUAUGGGUCGUUGGAGCAAUGAGUCAUUUACAAUGUUAUUGAAAAUGUUAAAAGAGGAGUUGUUGCCAGAUGGAGCAAAUUUACCAAAUUCAUAUUAUGAGGCAAAAAAGGUAAUUCGGGACCUUGGGCUUUCCUACCACAAGAUUGAUGCUUGCGUAAAUGAUUGCAUGUUAUACUGGAAGGAGGAUAACUUACUUGAUUCUUGUAAAGUUUGUGGUGCGUCCAGAUGGAAAAUAGAAAAACAUAGCGGGGAAGCAAAGAAUAGAAAAGGUAAAAAGAUAGCAUCAAAGACUUUACGCUAUUUUCCGUUAAAGCCCAGGCUUCAAAGGUUGUUUAUGUCUACAAAGACAUCUUCUCUAAUGACAUGGCAUCAUGAUGAAAGAGUUGAUGAUGGAAUAAUGAGGCACCCGGCUGAUUCAAUGGCAUGGAAAUCAUUUGAUGAGCUUCAUCCCUCAUUUGCGGCCGAGCCUCGUAAUGUUCGACUUGGACUUCCUAGUGAUGGAUUUCAGCCAUUUCGGAAUUCAAAAACCUCAUAUAGCAUUUGGCCAGUGGUACUUAUUCCUUAUAAUUUACCACCUUGGUUGUGUAUGAAACAAGAAAAUUUCAUUAUGUCAAUGCUUAUACCUGGUCCAGAUAGUCCAGGAGAUGCAAUUGACAUAUAUCUGCAGCCCUUGAUAGAAGAACUGAAGGAGUUAUGGGAAUUUGGUAUAGAGACUUUUGAUGCAUCAACUAGACAGAAUUUCAAGUUACGUGCUUCUUUGUUAUGGACCAUCAAUGACUUUCCAGCAUAUGGAAAUUUAUCCGGAUGGAGUACAAAAGGGAAAUUGGCAUGCCCGUGUUGCAACAAAGAUACUUACUCAAUCAGAUUGGCUAAUAGUAAGAAACAGUGUUUUAUGGGUCAUCGGUGUUACCUUCCUCUUAAUCACAAAUGGAGGAAUGAUAGGGCGUCAUUUGAUGGUACAAAAGAGAAAAGGCUUCCACCAAAAAUGUGUUCUGGUGUUGAGAUACUUAAUCAAGUACAGGAUCUUGAAGGGUUGCAGUUAACAAAGGAUCCAAAGAAAAGGAUCAAGAUAUCACAUGAUGGCCGAAAGGAUAAUUGGAAUAAGAAGAGUAUCUUUUUUGAACUUCCAUAUUGGAAAUCUCUCUUGUUGCGGCAUAAUUUGGAUGUUAUGCAUAUCGAGAAAAAUAUAUGUGAUAAUAUUUUGGGGACGAUCAUGAAUGCCAAAGGAAAGACCAAGGACACCAUUAAUACUCGACUAGAUUUGCAAGAAAUGAACAUUAGGUCGGAAUUGCACCCUAUCAAAAAAGGAGAAAAAUAUGAAAUUCCAACAGCUUGUUACACAUUAUCUCCUCAAGAAAAGCACAACUUAUGUCUAUUUUUAAAGAAUUUAAAGGUCCCAGAUGGAUUUUCAUUUAAUAUUUCUUAGUGUGUUAACUUGAAAGAUCACAAGAUUUCUGGCUUAAAGAGUCAUGAUUGUCAUGUUCUUUUACAGCAUUUACUCCCUCUUGCGCUACGUGGUAUGUUGUCCAAAACAGUUUGUGAACCCCUUGUUGAGUUGUGCUUAUUUUUUAAUGUGCUUGGAGCAAAGGUAUUAAGAACUGAUGACUUGGAACAGAUUGAAGCUCAAAUUCCUAUAACUCUUUGCAAGUUAGAAAAGGUCUUCCCUCCUUCAUUUUUUGAUGUCAUGGUGCACUUGCCUGUUCACUUAGCUAAUGAAGCUAAGCUUGCUGGACCGGUUCAGUAUCGGUGGAUGUAUCCUAUAGAGCGAUGGUUAUAUUUUUUGAAAUCUCUCAUUGGUAAUAGGGCGUGUCCAGAAGGUUCUAUUGCAGAAGGUUACCUUGCAAAUGAAUGUAUGACCUUAUGUUCGAGGUAUCUGCAUAGAAUUGACACAAAGUUUAAUCGGCCAGAACGAAAUUAUGAUGGUGGUUUACCAAAGUCCGAUGGAGGUCUAUCUCUAUUUUGUAAAUCUGGAAAAACUUUAGGAGCUCCAAAACAGCGUGAUAUUGAAGCAGAUGAAUUGGAGCAAGCACAUAUAUACAUACUGAAGAAUUGUGAUGAAGUUCUACCAUUUCUAGAAGAGUUUGCACAAAUUCAUGUAGAUGCUACUCAACACUUGUCCGGUGCAGAAUGGAAUAGACAGUUUAUUGAAUGGUUUAAAGAUAGGGUUGCACAAUUGCAUAAAGGAGAUAAUAGUCGAAUCAUGGAAGAUCUCCUCGCACUUUCACGUGGUCCUACCCCAUAUGUGUUACGUUAUAAUGGCUACAUUGUUAAUGGAUAUAGAUUUCAUAUAGAAUUCUUGAAUUGCAAUUCACGGGAAGGAGAGUGAUUUUGUUUGAAUGUAAUUGGUUUGAUGCAUAUGAUAACACGAAAGGAAUUAAAACAGAUGAAUAUGGCAUCGUAAGUGUUAAUUGGGGGCGAUUUUUAAAAACAAAUGAGCCUUUUAUAUUAGCGGACCAAGGAUCUCAAGUAUUUUAUGCUAGUGAUAAUUCCAAUAAGGGUUGGCGUGUAGCGAGAAAGACGCAACCUCGUGAUUUUUCUGAGGUUGUGCAAAAAUUGGAUGAUGAUGUUGUAGAUUUAGAAAAUCCUACACAAAAUAAGCGAAAAAGAACGACUGAGGUGAAGUAUCUCUUUAUGUCAUUAGCAGAUUCAUUAUUAUAUAUUCUGAUUACAUGAUUUUUCUGUUAGUACAUUUUCUUUAUAAUGUUUUAACUUUUUUUUUUUUUUUGUAGGUUUGAUAUUAAACUAUCAAAGAAUGAAAAUGAGGUGGAAUCCACUGUGAAAGCUACUGAAUAUGCGUUUGUUACACCAGGUUCUAUAGGCAAGGGACGAGGGAGAGGGCUUAAAUUUAUGUAAUAUGCUUUUUUUCUUCUUAGCACGUGUGAAGUGUGGCUUUAGUGCUCCUGGAAACUUAGUACGUAUUAAAUAAGUCCAUUGACAAAUCCACAACUAAGACGAUAAUAUUAUUUUGGACUAAGAGCUCACACUUGUGUGUAAACCCAAAAUCUGGAUGGAAUUCCAUAUUCUUACUAGUGUAUAUAGGAACUUAGCACGUGAGGAUUGUAGCUUAGAGCUAUGAUAUUAGUUCAUUCCCAGAUCUGUGACCUGGGUUAUGGCAAUUGAGUUUUUCUAUUCUCAGUUGAUGUGAAAUGUGAUAAGAUCAGAUUGUCAAUAUUAACGAAGCAACUUGGAAAUGGUUUUAUAUAUAGAAGAGAUUGUCAUGUUGGCUGUAAAUACGAGCCUGCUCUACUAUUAUUGGAGCUACUUAGUAUAAAUUGUGAAAUUUAAUUUUGUCUUAAAAGGUAACAUAGGCCAACAGAUAAAUGUUCUUACUCAGUUUACAACCUUGUAGAAAUGUUCUUGUCAUAAGCAGAGAUGACAACUUCUCUCACAGGUUUUUUCUCUUAUUCAGUAUUGUCACCUUGCUGAAUUGCAAAAAUUUAAAGAUACAUUUUAAACAGAUGUUUAACACCUUAUUUGUUUCAUAUCUUUGGCCCUCUAUAUACAGUAAUUGGAUUUUCCGUUUGCUCCAAACGAGCACUUUUAACUUGUGUAUUGGAUGUCAACCGAAGUUUGAUUUAUUGCAGGACAUAUUUGAGGGUGAUGACAUGGAUAUUCUUUGGGAUCAUAUUUUUGGAUGGAUGAAAGAGUUAUGGAACGAAUGGAGAGGAUAAUUGCGUUCAAAGUUUAAAGGAUCGCUUGUCUAACUUUGAAAAAUGAGAUGAAAGAACUGAAGCAAUUGAAAGAGUGGUUUUUAUCUUAACACUCCAAUUUCUAGCCUUUGACAUCAGAAUGCUCUGAAGAAUGACUAUUCCUUUGAUGAUGCCAAGUAUGGAAAUUGAAGUUCACGAGCAGCAAAAGGUCUAUGUACAAAUUGAAGUUCACGAGAUUGACCAUCAUUUUGCUAGGAAUGUUGGGAAAAUUAUAUAUGACAGUCUUAGGGGUCUAUGUACAAAAUACUGUGACUAAAUGACAUCAUUGAUGUACAUUACCGGUAACUGAUGGUGUUCAUGUUUUGUAAUUACUUUUUCUAUAUAUAUGAAAGAAGCGUCAA